GUACCAUUAGUAGUAAAAAGUUUGAGGACUUCAGAUUUUGGAACAAUCUGAGUUGGAAAAUGAUGGCUGUAGGACGAGUUUUGCUGUUGGUGGCAGUUUUAGGAUAUGUUGGGAUAUCUCUGGCAAGAGGGGAAUGUCUGAGAUGUAAACGUGAUACAAUACAGGACCCUGGUUUGACAGCUGAGGGAAACGGUUCCGCUCGUAUUGGUGCUGGAGUUUCUGGUGAUGCUGAUGGAAAUGGUGGUGUUAGUGACGAAGAUAAUGGAACUGGAGGUGGUAGUUUCGAAGGAUCUGGAUCCGUUUCUGUCGGUGAUGAGGGUCAUGAUUCCGGUUCUGGAAACUCUGGAUCCAAACCCUCAGGAGUUGGUGAUAUUAUCUCAUCAGUGGAAGGUCUUUUGGGUGGUCUUUUUGGUUCUGGUUUUGGAAAAUCCGGUUCGGAAGAUUCGAAAGCAGGCUCCGAUCAAGGAGAUGUUGGUCUGGGAGGUUCAGUUCCAGAAGGUUCUGGUCCUGGUUCAGGAAAUGUAGGGGCUAGUGACGAAGAUAAUGGAGCUGGAGGUGGUAGUUUCGAAGGAUCUGGAUCCGUUAGUGUCGGUGCUGAGGGUCAUGAUUCGGGCUCUGGAAAUUCUGGAUCUAAACACUCUGAACUUGGUGAUAUUGUCUCAUCCCUGGGAGGUCUCUUUGGUGGUCUUUUUGGUUCUGAUUCUGGGAAAUCCGGCUCGAAAGAUUCCGGUCCUGAGAGUUCGGGAGGUCGUUCUAUUAUAGGAGGACUCAUUGGGUCCCUAAAUGGUUCGGGCUCCGGAUCUGGUCCGAAUUCCGGAAGCGCUAGAGGUGGUAGUUCAGAAAGCGAAGGACCAGUAACAUUUCCUGAUCCAAAUACUAAUGGUUUACCUUCUGGAACAAAUGACCAUUCUCAAGAAAACGAUGGUAGUGAAUCCGGUGACUCUGGUGGAACUCCGGGCAAUGGAUCUGAUGGAGGUAAUUUUCACGUUAAACGUACAUAUGAAUGA